AUGUCGUUCACACAGGAAGAGUGUUCGAAGAUGAUCUUUUUCGUGCAGCUUGUUGAAAAAAAUCCUUGUCUGUGGAAUCACACAAUGAAAUCUUAUUCAAGGGCAGAUGUGACCAGUUUGGCUUGGAAAAAUAUAGCGACUGAAAUGAAGGAAACUGAACAGAUUUGUCGUGACCGAUGGAAAAACAUCCGCACUGCUUUUGGAAGGUCAUUGAAACCUUUGAAAUCAGGAUCGGGAAGGCUAAAGAAACCAUAUUAUUUGGCCCCCCAUCUCUCAUUUCUUCACCCAUACAUGAAAGGGGCUCCUUCUUCUGGGAAUGUAUCUCCACUUGAGGAAAAUGAAGACAACAUGGCAGCUUCAAAUGCAACGCUGACCACCACAGACCAUCAGGAAAUGGAAAGUUGUGAAAUUUCGGAAGAAAUGUGUGAUUUGGUUGAUUGUGAUGUGGUGCUACAAUCAACUCCUCCUAAAAGAAAAGCCGAAGCCAGCAACAGCGAUGCCCAUAAAGUAUAUGCUGACUGGCUGGAAGUUAAACAAUUUAAUGAAAUGAAGAGAAACUGGGCGUCAUCAGCUGGUGAUGCUGACUGGAUGUUUUUUCAAUCCAUCCUCCCUGAUUUCAAGAAACUUAAUGACAGGUGUAGGAGAGACCUGAAAGCAAAAUUCCUGUUGCUUUUGAAUGAGCAGCUGGAUGAAGCUGAGAAUGAUACAUCGUGAUUUUCCUCAUCAUAGACUGCAUCUAAUUAACAAAUUUAUGCCACUACACAGAGUUAAUCAUCCACUGCUACAAGAUCGAUGGUGACUGAUUUCCCCUCAAAUCCGACAAUGCUUCUUGUGAAUACACUUCAAGCAGAAUUACAUUCUACCUUAGGAUAUGGAGCAGCUGUUACUUUUUAACUUGUAACCAUUGUUUACAUUAUGAGGUGACGAAAGUAAUGGGAUAGUGAUGUGCUCAAAUACAGAUGAUAGUAACAUUAUGUACACAAGGAAUAAAAGGGCAGUGCAUUUGCAGAGCUACCAUUUGUGCUCAGGUGAUUUGUACGAAAAGGUUUCUGAUGUGCUUAUGGCCACACAACAGGAAUUAACAGACUCUGAAUGUGGAAUGGUAGCUGGAGCUAGAUGCAUAGGGCAUUCCAUAUCGGAAAUCGAGAAUUGAAUAUUCUGAGAUCCACAGUGUCAAGUGUGGCCGAGAAUACACAAACAGUGCCCUGUACUUAAUGACUGAGAGCAGCAGUGUUUGCAUAGAGCUUGAAAACAAAUCACAGCCUGGUGAGAUGAGUCCAAGUUUCAGUUGGUAGGAGAUGAUGGUAGGGUUUGAGUGUGGUGUAGAGACCUUGAAGCCAUGAACCCAGGAUGUCAACAAGGUAUUGUGCAAGCUGGUGGUGCCUCCAUAGUGGUGUGGGCUGUGUUUACAUGGAAUGGACUGGAUCCUUUUGUCCAACUGAAACCAAUCAUUGCUGGAAAUGAUUAUGUUUGGCUGCUUUGAGACCAUUUACAGCCAUUCAUGGUUUUCAUGUUCCCAAACGACUAUGGAAUUUUUAUGGAUGACAAUGAUUCAUGGAACUGGGCCACUGUUGCUAGAGAAUGGUUUGAAAAACAUUAUGAAUGUUUCGAGCAAAUGAUUUGGCCAUUCAGAUUGCCCAACAUGAAUUCCGUCGAACAUUUAUGUGGCAUAAUUGAGGGGUUAGUUUGCGGCAAAAUUUGCACUGGCAACACUUGUGCAAUUAUGGGUGGCUGUAGUGGUAGCGUGGUACGGUAUUUCUACAGGGGACUUCCAGUGACUUGUUGAGCCCAUGCCCCAUCGAGUUGCUGCACUACGCCGGGCAAAAGGAGGUCUGACGUGAUAUUAGGAGGUAUCCCAUGACUUUUGUCACCUCCGUGUAUAUGUACAGUCUUAGAUGUAAAACAUGGCCGCCAGCCGGCUGCCACAAGACUAAGUCCAAGUUUUCCACUUAGUCUCUCGUAAAAGUGGCUGCUCCUUAGAAUUCAAAAUCUGCAUGAUCUGGCAACACUGUAAGAUGUGGAAGAGUUUACUCAAGCUGUACAGUGCUGUAUCUGCUAGUGGUCUAGUUGUAAACGUCGCACAAUGGAGAUGCAAAGUAGUGAAUUAAAGUUCACUCAUUCCUUUAUUUUUGAACUGCAAUUUGGCUGUCUAUUAAAGGUGUAAGUCUCAUGGAACAUCAAAAAUAAUGUUACAUUUUCUAAGUACCACUAAUAGCAAAACCACAAACAAAAGAGCUCAUCGCUGUGUUGUGAUCAGAGCUGUUUCUGCUACACUUUCCUUGUCCUAAAGUGGCUACUGCCAUUGGGCACCUUUAUGCCAACUACUGUCUGACCAGCUGAUCAUGGUGCACUUUGGCACAUUUCUACUUGUACAUUGUUAGCAUAAAAUUAUUUCUUAUUGUUCUUUGAUUUUCCAUGCAGAGUACAUUCAAUAAAUUGAGUGAACACCAUGCAGCUACACAGGAUGCUUAGUUUGCUGUGGGUGUGUUUAUCAAGUACCAUCUUCUGAUUUAAAAUUCUAGUAUUUAUUGUGGGGUUAUAGAUUGGAAUUUGUUUACUUCAGUCUUAUGGAAGUUGCUUAAGCAUUAUGAAACAGUUGAAGGUGGAAGGAAAAUGCCUAAAAUUUGGGACAUGUUGUUCACUUCGGGUUUAAUUGGGGGGGAUUGGGGGUGCAGUGCAACAGAGGUGGAAGCAAAUCAAAACAUUUGUUUCAUGUCUGAGGUGAGUAUAUAAUAAUGAUGUCAGGAAAGGAAAGGAUUUUCGUGUUUCAAGAAAGUUCAUUUUCCUGUGAAUGAUUUUCCAUAUUCAGAAAGGCUCAAUAAUUGACAUAUAUGUUGAACUGCAGCAUUUGCAUGCAAGAGGUUGGGUGCAGUGGCACUGCAUGUUCUGAUUCAAAGCAACAAAAAUCAACGGGGGUGAAUACUGUUACAUUUGUAUUCAAGUAUCAUCAGUUCGCUCAUUGAACAUUCCUUUGCAAUAUUGGUACUGUGACGAUUUGAUGAUGCCUUUAUGUUAACUUCUAAAGACGAAAUCAGUGGCUGACCCCCUUAAAAGAAAGAGAGGGAGCAUUUCCUCAAGGAAAAGGGAGUGUGAACAGAUAAUGUAUUGCAUCUAAUACUAAAUUCACUCGAUAUUUUCUUGCCAUUUCUGUUGAACAGUCGGAGUGACUUAAAAUGUGACAUGGGAUAAGCGAUUUAGAGUUUUGCACCCAAGGAGCAUGCUUCACACAGAAAUUGCAGCUAAUUUCAUGUUUUACAUUGAGGUUUAUCUGUCCUAGCCACCACUGGGAGAGACAAAUGCCAUAGAUCUUUGCUAGCUCAGAGGUGAUGGGGUCAUACUGCAAAAUAAGUGCAGCAUCUGGUCUUGUUUCCAUUCUCAAUGUAGGCCAAUAUUUUCCCUGUUCUGUGACAGAGCCUCCAUCAGCCAGAUUCCAAACCAGUAGGGAAAACUUAAGAAAAUUCCUGCAUCAUAAGUUCUUUCAUUACUUCCAGUACCACAUAUUGUAAGGUUGAAAAAUGUGUGUUAUUGCACAAUUGAUAAUGCCCUUUUCUGCUUCUAUCAAGAUAAUUCUUGGUAUUUGUAGAGACACUAUUUCAUAUGUGAAAUUGUGGUAGUGAAUAGUUUCUUAACUGGACUCCUUCAUUUGUAUACUCCAAAUAUAUAAUUUCCAUACUACUUGAGUAUGACACAGGGUAUCAUGUAAAUUCAGACUGCUUUGAAGACCAAAGUGUGUGCCAGUAAUAUCUUACAAAUUUGUGCUGAUGUUGGUAUGCCUGUUUUACAGAUAAUUUAUUUUUUGAUAUUUGUGUAAGGUUAUAGUUGUAAAUAGUAAUUCAUUUGUACUAAGGCAAUGCAUAUUUUAAUAGCAUUUUUCAGUAGUUUAUUGUACACGAAAAGUAAACAUGGGACAAAUUAACAUCAACAAUACAUAAAACAGUCUGGCAGUGCUCAAGUAGUUUACCAGUUGCAAGCCUAUAGAAACUUAAACACUUAAACAAAUUUUAUUAGAUUGAAAGUCCGAUUUUCCACACAAAAUAACUUCAAUAAAUUGAGUGAAAACCUUGCAAUUACACAACAUGCAUAGUGUUCUACAACUGUAUGCAGAGUCCAAAACGUAGCUGCAUGGCAAAAACUAGAACUUUAAAUAAGAAAAUGGCACUUGAUAAAUACAUUUAUCAGAGUUAUUUUGUGUGGAAAAUAACAUUACAAUAAGAACCAAUUUUACAGUAACAAUGUGAGAGCAGAAUAUGGCAAAGUGCACUGUGUCUUGAUCAGAUCAUUGGAUGGCGACUGAUGUGAAGGCACCCGGUGUUGGCUGCCACUGUAGGGCAUGGGAACUCCAAGCAUUAACUGUUCUGAUCUUGGUGCAGCCACAAGCUGUUUUGCGGAAAGUUUUGUUGUUACUGGUGGGCUAGAAAGUGGAGAGAAUUAUCUUGAGGUCCCACAAGACUGAUACCU